AGCGUGUUCAUCGACGAGGGCGUGGUCAGAGUCGCGGGAGCUGAACGGCGGUGCGGGCGGUGCUUACAGUCGCACAUGCCCCCUUUGCCCUCCGCUCGCUGCGGGGGAAGAAGCGUGAACUUGAACGCUUCCUCCACUGCUCAGUGCGAGUCCAGGCAGAGGCCAGCAAGGCUUAUCAGUCUGUCCGCUCGGGUUUCGGUCAACAUAUUGCAGAAAGUGCCGCUUGACGGAUUUCGUUUGGGAGGUUUGCUGUUUGGGACCCAGAAAGGUGCCAAACGCGGAACGCUCGACGCGAUGUCCAGGCGCAAACUUGGAAGCAGACCACAGCACCUGAGUGCAAUUCAAGAUGCCAGUGACAUGGCGGAUGGCUCUGGCUCAUUAGACGACCAGUCUCCUCCUCCAGCGCAAGUUCAAACUCCUGAUGAGGGUCAUGACCUCCUGACCUGUGGCCAGUGCAGCCAGGCUUUCCCCCUCGCCCACAUCCUGGCGUUCAUUCAGCACAAACAGGGCGGCUGCCUCUCUCGAAACCAAGCCCCAAUCACAAAUGCCACGCCGCCCUCCCCUGCCAAUCGAGCGCAGCAGCGUGCCGCCAAUGCUGAGCUGGGGCCCGGCUUCAUUGAGUUGAGGAGAGGGGUGGCCAGGAACAGAGUCUGGGGGGAGGAGUCCGGUGAGAAAGUGAAGGCAGAGUUCAGAACAUCAGGCGUGCCAUCUUAUUUCACCUGCCAGCAGUGUGAAGGCGUGUUUUCAUCUGCAUGGGCACUCCUACAGCACGCACAGCACACACACUCCUUCAGCAUAUACCAGGAGGAUGAGGAAGAUGAUGCAGACCUGAGGGGAGGAAGAGGAGCUCUUAAAGAGCAUAAACCUGUUGCAGCCAUUCUGGACCCACGUCAUCUGAGCCAGGCUCUUGCCUCAGCCUUUCAGCCCUCUGUGCUGCGUCCCAGUCGCUCCCGUCAGACACACACCACCUCCUCCUCCUCGAGUAACAUGCAGGCUCUGAACUUUUCAGUGCGGCUCAGGGAGCUUGCAGAGGGGAAUAACAGCACCACCGGCAACUCCCCUGGAGGCCGGGUGCCGUCUCCGUCCUCUUCUCCGCCAGCAGCUUCUCCCUUCCCUCAGACUGGUGCACUCCAGGCUGAUUUCCACUGUGAGCUGUGUGAGAAGAACUUCCAGUCCCUGCGCUCUCUGUCCGCCCACCGCCGGACUCAUGCAUGUGAGAGGCCUUAUCACUGUGGAGUGUGCGGGCAGGCCUUUGCCCAGAGCGGCCAGCUGGCCCGUCACAUAAGGAGCCAUCACAGAGAAGCUGGAGGUGGAGGGAGCGGAUAUGAGUCAGUGGAUAUGGUCAUGAUGGAGGAGGAUUUUGGACAGCAGAGGAUGAGAAGGAAGUUUCCAAUGCAGCCAGCUGGAAACCUGGGAAAGGGAAUAGCCCAGGGUCCCUCUGAGCUGGACCUGACCCUGCCCAAACACUUGUCUGUAGCUUCAGGCCUGAUGCUGCUCACCUCACAGGCUAGACCAGCAGAUAGAGAACUGCUGAGGCAGUACCAGCACCAGAGAGAGGCGGGAGAGGGAGGAGAGGAGGGCACAGAGGGGCACGGGGAGCCCCAGCACACCUCACCCUGCGCCAGCCCGUCUGAAGGUUCACUGGAGAGUGGAGAAACCGGGGGCAGUGGUGAGAGCGGUAUCGCUAGCGGCAACUGCACACCCAAACACCCAGAGAUGGGCGACAAGGUGCGAGGAGUUGGAGAGUGGGAGAAUGAAAGAGGAGAGAUUACAGAGGGGGAGAAAGAGUGGAGCUCAGCUAAAGUCAGUGAGUCUUUGCAGGAGUGGCAGAGGGAGAAUGAGUGGAGGAGUGCUGCAGGGGGCGUUAGCAGUGGAGGGAUCAUUAACAUUACUACUGCUGGUUCAGCUGGUAAGAAGAAGAAAGAUGAGGCCUGUGAGUACUGUGGUAAACAGUUCCGAAAUAGCAGUAAUCUGACUGUGCACCGCCGCAGCCACACAGGUGAGCGGCCCUACCGCUGCGGCCUGUGCAACUACGCCUGCGCUCAGAGUUCCAAGUUAACGCGCCACAUGAAGACCCAUGGUGCCCAGGGAGCUAAAGCUUCCUUUUUGUGCCAGCUGUGCUCGGUACCCUUCACUGUGUACGCCACUCUGGAGAAACACCUGAAGAAAGUUCAUAGCCUGAGCCAUGCCAGCGUCGGUGCAUAUGCUCAGGCCAGCGCCGCAGACACGUUAGCUGCUAUAAAAGCUGAAGAAGAAACAGCAGUGGUGAAAAUGGAGGAGGAUGAAAUAAGUUUGGAUCCGCCAGAAAUGGAGAGCAAAAUGCAGACUGACGUGACAGUCAUAGAGGCGGAGGAAGGGCAGAGCCAAACAGAGUAUGUGGAAAGCAGGGGGAAUCCAGCCAUAGUGGGCGAUCUCCCGCCUGAGAGUAGCACAGAGGUGAGCGUAGCUUUGACUUCUACACCCUGACAACUGUUCUUUUUCACAGACAUUAAAAUAGCACUGUACAGCAUUUAACUCUCCCAUUCCAAUAAAAAAGACCCCAUCCCAUAAUAGAACUGACAGUCAAGUUAAACUGGAACCUAGCUGAAAGAAGAAGCUGCGGUGCUGUAGAAAGCAGCAGGCAGCCCACUCCUGUCUGCCAGCACAGAGGCACACAGCAGCCACCAGCUGCGCUGUUCACGACUGUAUGCAAAGCUGGCUGAAACUAAGUGCCUACAGUUCUUUAGACCACAGAGCAAAACAAGGCCAUGACAUUCAGCAGGGAGAUUACCAGAGCUCUUGAACAGGAAGUGCACCGCCACAGGAAACUGAUCACCAUGUUGCAGCACAAGAUGCAAAACACGAGUGAUUUAUCUCCCUGGUGACCCCCUGGACAGGUGGAGACAUGCACCAACUGCCAGAUAAUAUAGGGGAGUGAUUAUAUUGAAUAAAAGAGCCUAGCAAUAGAACAAUGUUAAUAUAUUGCCAGAGUCAGCAGAACGUGCUACCCAGAUGUUUUCUGUUGAGAAGACCUUUUAAAGACUAAAGAUGUUUGAACAGGCACGGGGAAGAAAUGGAUCCAAACACUGUCUGCCUGCAGUUUCUCAGACAUUUUAAAGGCGCUUUGUUGUCACAACACUUGUCACUUAACAUAAUGUUUACAGGGCUCACGGGGCCUAGAAAGGCUACGCUCCUGACUUUGUGACAGUAUGCACCAACUUUGUGAAUAAAGUUUCAUCUACUGAUGGGUUUUUUUUUCUUCAGGAUUAGUUUCUAUGCAUAAAACAAAAACUGCAAUUUUACCUAUUUGUGAAACGGGUGUGUAUUAUUUUUCUCUGUACUUAUUGUGAUGGUAAUUUCUCUCAUUGUUUACACUUGUAAACUGCUGGACUCUUCGAAGCUUAUGCGCGGUUUGCAGCAUUUUGGAAACUGUUUUUUUUUUUUUUUUUGUCACCUGUGUUUGAAUUUUUCCUAAUUUAUGGAUGCUGCAUGUCAGCGAUUUGUGUAUCUGUAAAAGUCUAUUCCACUGUUGAGCUACAGGAUAGGGGGGCAUAGUAGAAGACAGUUGGAUGGUGGAGUUUUGUGGGAAACCACUAAGCAAGCACUUGGUUGAGUGAGGUGUGUGUGUGUGUGUGUGUGUGUGUGUGUGUGUGUGUGUGUGCGCGUGUGUGUGUGUACAUAGAAGAAAAGAAUGCUCUACUUGAACUUUAUUUCCUGUGAUCUUGUGUCCUAAGCAUGACUUGACUUGUCACAGUCACCCUGCCAUGCCAGAUCAUUGUGUGAACCAUUUAAGCCUACAACGAGCAAGAGGACAUAAGUUCAUUCAACAAAUGUAAUAGGACAGAGUCUUUAAGUUGUGUUGCCAACCAUUUUUGUGUCUACUAUGAUGACUUUUUUGUUACCAUAUCUUAUUUGCAUUUCUGUUCAUGUCAGGGAAAAGUUUUUCUGUGUGUUGUGUAAUGAAUGAAUGCAGUGUAACUGUUCAGGGAUAUUUUGUACAUACAUUCUUGCUAUACGUAUUAUUAUUAUUACUGUUGACUGCCUGUUACUGUUACUUGCCCUCCGGUUUUUCCUAGCAUCAUCUCCUCCUUUACAAUGAACACUGGCUGUUGUAAAGCUACACUGCUCUGUUGUCUUUGUAAACUUGACACCAUUUUGUACCAUGUCAUAAGGAACCUCAAUAAAGAACUGAGGUAAAAUAUU